AUGGGGUGGCUCGCCAAAACGAGAGCUGACUUGGAAAAUCCGAAUCCAGCGAUCGUCAUAGUUUUCCUCGUAAGCAAUAUCGUUACGUUUACAUCAGGAAUUGCCUUGGCCGUUGAAUGGUUAUUUCACGGCAAGAGCCACAGUGGAUUCGGGUGGAUCAUCUACUACGCAUUGUUCUUGAUCUGUCUUCCUCCUGUCAUCUUGCUUGCUCUCCGUGUCUUGAUGGCCAUCUCUGGUUCAGCCGCAGCAAAAGAACCGUGUGCUGAUGUUCACGAGGCUCAGCGAAGUGAAGAAGAAACUGAGAGAAACAGUUGCCGGAGUUUAGCGGUUGUGGUUGAUUCCGAUGAAAUGAAGAAGACGCCGAGGAUAAAACGCACAGUUUCGUUCCCAUCGCAUGGCAAAGCAAGAUCAUGCCGUACUCGUUAG